AUGAAGGCCAAUGGAAUAACGAAAGGCGCACAGAGCAUACCGAUGAUAAUGCUGCUGCUGCUAACGUGCGCAGCGGUGCGCAUUAAAUCGGAGGAGCGUCGCUUGGUGAGAAUGACUCUCGUCCGCAACGCCUCGGCUACCGGCGCAUAUUGCUUGGAUGGGAGUUUGCCGGCAUAUCAUCUGGACAGAGGAUUUGGAGCUGGGGCUCACAACUGGCUUUUGCAAUUUGAGGGGGGUGGGUGGUGCAAUGACAUAAAAUCUUGCAGCGAGAGAGCUCCAACUCGGCGUGGGUCCACCCGUUUUAUGACUCCGGUUGAGGUCUUUUCUGGGAUUCUAAGCAAUAAUGCCUCAUUAAACCCUGAUUUUUACAAUUGGAAUCGCGUGAAGCUGAGAUACUGCGAUGGCGCCUCCUUUGCUGGUGAUGCGGUGUACAGAAAUGGAAAGUCGUUGAUUUAUUUUAGAGGGCAAAGAAUUUGGCAAGCAAUUAUUCUUGACCUUCUUCCCAAAGGCUUGGGCCAUGCAAACAAGGCUUUGCUUUCAGGUUGCUCGGCGGGCGGUUUGUCUACCUUUCUUCACUGUGAUGAUUUCACCACUUAUUUGCCCAAAAAUGCCACCGUUAAAUGUUUGAGCGACGCUGGAUUCUUUCUUGAUUCACGAGACAUUGCUAUGAACCACAGCAUGAGGUACUUCUACAAAGGCGUUGUUACUCUGCAGGGAGCUGCAAAGAACCUGAACAAAAACUGUACAGAUUCCAAUUAUCCCGAACAAUGCUUCUUCCCUCAAUAUGCAUUGCCGUAUAUCAAGACGCCAUUUUUCAUACUUAACUCAGCAUAUGAUGUGUACCAAAGAAAUCAUAUAUUGGUGCCGCCUGCAGCCGAUCCUCAUGGCCAUUGGUACCAUUGCAAGCUUAAUCCUGCCAACUGUAAUACGGUCCAGUUAAAUACUUUACAAGGAUUCAGGGAUUACAUGAUCGAGAAGUUGAGGCCUUUCCUCGAGAACUCGACAAGGGGAGGAAUGUACAUAAAUUCUUGUUUCACUCACUGCCAAACUGAAACUCAAGACACUUGGUUUGCACUUAACUCCCCCAGAAUAAACGACAAGACAAUAGCGGAAGCAGUUGGGGAUUGGUAUUUUGGAAGAAAAAUAAGCAAGGAGAUCGACUGCGCGUACCCUUGCGAUAAUUCUUGCCAUAAUCAGAUAGGCUGA